AUGCCAUCAUCUGCCGAGCAAACUUUCAGCAUCUAUGAGCUUGCUGAGCUUAUAAUCCUGCAGCUGAAUAAUCCUGUGGAAAUCGCUCGCGCCCAGCGAGUUUGCCGUAACUGGAGAGACGUUAUCCAAACAUCCCCGGCCCUCCAGGAGGCCUGCUGGUAUCAAUCCAAUACUAGGGAUGCUCAAACGCGGUCAAUCUCCAGUGAACAGACAUGGAAACUGAACCCUGCUUUCAACCGAAUAGGCAUCUCAAUUUCCAGAGAUGCAGCAAAGGGUGGAGAUCAAGACCAGGGGGAUUUCAGCUUAGGGGAAGACAUCUACGACAAACCUGGAUCAUGGACGACCAUGCUGGCCACGCAGCCUCCCUGCCAGCGAAUGCUGUUUGAAUGCUACGGCGACUAUUGCGAUGAUGAGAUAAUGUCCUAUCUAAUCGUAUCCAGGGCCGGUUCUCUCCUUAUGGGCGACGUCAUGGCUGUUGUAGCAGAAUGCCGGAAUCGACAGCAAUACGGCCUAGAUCGCUGGUGUGGAGUACGCCACUAUACAGGCCAGUUAGUCCGAUGGGAGGAGGACUACUGGGAACCCUAUUCCUGGGUUGCUCUUGACGAUAUGCCGGAGAAUGUGUCAAUUAAUGUUGCGAUCGAGAUGCCUUUUGGAUUCGGGGCUCACUUUCUGCAUGAAAUGAUCCUGCAUAAGAUGAUCAUGCCAAAAGGGCAUGAAUAUCGGUGGGACUAUGCUUCAUCGGUCCCUCAAUACCGCCCUGUCAGCAAGUCAAAGUACAAGGCAAAUCUGUUGGCUGUACAGCAGCAUCAGGAGGGAUAUCUGUCGACUUGCAGCAAUGUCUUCCGCUUACUGUCUGAUGUGAAGCAAUUAAUAACAUGA